GCUGAUAAAUGGGACUGAGGGCAAAGGAAGGGAAAAGAAAACCUCUGAGGUCAGUGUCGGGUGAAACGGGGCCCUCCCAGGGUCCUCCGGCCCUGGAGGAUGAAGCGCGCUGGCUGUGCUCUCGCACGCGGUGCCAUCCGGGUAAACGCGGGAAAGGCGGCUGCAGGGCGCUGCCGCAGCAGCGCAGCGCAGGGGCCACGAUCCACCGGUCAACUUAUCGUUCCCCGGAGCUCAGAGCGGCAGCAGCGACAGAGAGAUUUCUCUACGUGCUGUUGUGUCACUGGGUUUUUGCCGGAGCCCCAAGCCCUCCCGCCUCUGAGUACUGGAAGAAAGGAGUGGUACCCUCAGCCCCAGCAUCCUGGAAAAUGGGGAGCAAGGCCCUGCCAGCGCCCAUCCCGCUCCACCCGUCUCUGCAGCUCACCAAUUACUCCUUCCUGCAGGCCGUGAACACCUUCCCGGCUGCGGUGGACCACCUGCAGGGCCUGUACGGUCUCAGCGCGGUGCAGACCAUGCACAUGAACCACUGGACGCUGGGGUAUCCCAAUGUGCACGAGAUCACCCGCUCCACCAUCACGGAGAUGGCGGCGGCGCAGGGGCUUGUGGAUGCACGCUUCCCCUUCCCGGCCCUGCCUUUUACCACCCACCUAUUUCACCCCAAGCAAGGGGCCAUUGCCCACGUCCUCCCAGCCCUGCACAAGGACCGGCCCCGUUUUGACUUUGCCAACUUGGCAGUGGCUGCCACGCAAGAGGAUCCUCCUAAGAUGGGAGACCUGACCAAGCUGAGUCCAGGGCUGGGUAGCCCCAUCUCAAGCCUCAGUAAAUUGACUCCGGACAGAAAGCCCUCUCGAGGGAGGUUGCCUUCCAAAACGAAAAAAGAGUUUAUCUGCAAGUUUUGCGGCAGACACUUUACCAAAUCCUACAAUUUGCUCAUCCAUGAGAGGACCCACACGGACGAGAGGCCAUACACGUGUGACAUCUGCCACAAGGCGUUCCGGAGGCAAGAUCACUUGCGGGAUCACAGGUAUAUCCAUUCCAAAGAAAAACCCUUCAAAUGUCAGGAGUGUGGGAAAGGAUUUUGUCAGUCCAGAACUCUAGCAGUUCACAAAACUUUACACAUGCAGGAAUCUCCACACAAAUGUCCCACAUGUGGAAGAACCUUUAAUCAGAGAAGUAAUCUGAAAACUCACCUUCUCACCCAUACAGACAUCAAGCCCUACAGCUGCGAGCAGUGCGGCAAAGUGUUCAGGCGAAACUGUGAUCUGCGGCGGCACAGCCUGACUCACACCCCGCGGCAGGACUUCUAGAGAAGCCCAGGAUCUGUCCCGUGCCGCCGCUGCUCCCCUCCCCAGACACCUCUCCACGUCUCCUACCCGGGGGUCGCACCCCUAGCCCUUCACUGACCCCAGCUCUUCCCUUGCUGCAGCCGCACCUGCAGCUCCAGGGAGUUAACUCUUCUUCUGGGGGACUGAGAACUGUAGAAAGCCACACACUACAUCCCUUCACAAAGAGUAUAUGCUAGUUUCUUGUAGAUAUUCACAGCUCAUUUUAGAGCUCUGUACAUAAUGUUGUGGCCUUUGUUUUGUUUGUUUUUGUAUCUUGUCGGAUGCACCUAGAUAUGGAAAAUGGAAGCCAAAUUUUAUCUUUAAAGACUGUAUUUUCAAAAUAAAACUUUUUCUUGUUUGUUUCAA